AUGUCGUUUAGUCCUCUCCUCAUCUGGGCUCUCGCGACCAUUGCGCGGGUGGACGAACUGACGAGACGCCAGGCUUUCUACGACAAGAAACCUGACCAUUCGUACUUCAUCGGAUGCUCCCUGGGCGGCCGCAUGGGUAUCAAAGCUGCAGAGCUCUUUCCCGAGGACUACGAUGGCAUCGUCGCCGGUGCGCCGACCGUUAACUUUAACCAACUUCAAGGCGCGCGAGCCUUUUUCUACACCGUGACUGGCGCCGCGGACGGCAUUAUCGAGGUUCCAAAUAAAUGCCACUUUGACCCGCAGGCUCUGUUGUGCAAAGCGUCAGAGGUCCAAGGGUGUCUGAACGAAGCCCAAGUCCAGCAACUCGAGAAGAUCUACGCACCGUACGAGUUCCCCGACGGAGAGCCCAUUUUCCCACGCCUGAACCCGGGAGCGGAGAAGAGAGCCGUGGAUCGACUCUUGUCUGGCCUGCCGUUCACCACCUCAGUUGAAUGGUUUCGCUACGUGGUCCUCAGCGACCCCGCCUGGCAGCCCGAAGACUACACCUCCGCUCUCGUCCGCACGGCCGAGGCCAUAAACCCCUUCAACAUCCGAACCUAUCCCCGCACCCUCCCCGGCUUCAGGGCCCGCGGCGGCAAGCUCAUCACGUACCACGGCGGCCAGGACCAGCAGCUCACACAGUUCGGCACCGAGCGCUUCGUCGAGCGCAUGGCCCGCGGCGACGGCCGGCUGGGCGACUACCACCGGUACUUUCCCAUCUCGGGGAUGUUCCACUGCAGCGCCGGGCCGGGAGCCUGGGUUCUCGGCCAGGGUGGCAACGCUGCCGCGGCGGGUAUCGGUUUCGACGCCGAGAGCAAUGUGCUGGCGGCGGCGGUCGCCUGGGUAGAGGAGGGCCGGGCCGGGCGCCCGAGGUGCUACGAGGGACCAAGUUCGUGGAUGAUGCGCCGGCCAAGGGUAUUGACUUUCAGCGCGACCACUGCGCCUGGCCUAGGCAGCAGACAUUCCUGGGCGGCGAUUACAAGAAGCCUGAAAGCUGGAGGUGUGUCUAGCAGGGUAGAGCAGGUCCCAGCACACUGGGUGAGGCGCGAUUUUGACAUCUCGCAUUCGAUUUAUAUAUUGGCCUCAACUGCUGGAGCAUCUUAUCGCAAUGUUCCUGGUCACAAAGUGCUCGCCCGUUCUGGGGCCAGCAGAACCACCCAGGUCUCGGCCAGGGGACCAUGUCUAUAG